AUGCUCGUUGAAUUUUAUUUAUUGUUUCCAUCAAAUAUCACAAUUUACGAAGCGCUAUUUGCAUGUUUACUCAUUUUUGCUUCAAUUGCAACAUGUAUGAAGAAAACGAAAAAUAAACCAAAACCACAGGAAAGCAUUGUGCUUGGAACAACUAUUGAUACAAAAAAUGAUAGUAAGCAGCAACAAAGUUUUCCAAAAAUACUAGUGGAAAAGCAUGACGGCAAGCCAUCACCAGAUAAACCAAAUGUUGAAAAAACAUUAUUAAUUGAAUUUGAACGUGAAAAUAACCAACUAAACAAAUCUCAUACAAGCAAAAUUGAGAAAGAAACAGCAGCUGAUAAUCAGAACUUAGAAUUGUGCAAAACACAAAUAGCAACAAUAGAUACAAGUGUAAAAAGUGAGAAAACACAACUGGAAAUACCGAAAGAAGUAGAUGAAGCACAAGCACAGAAAUCAAUGGAAAGCUCAAAAAUUCCAAGUUCUGGAAAAUCGGAAAGAAAUCAGAAAGAUGAAUUAGUAACUGUUAAAGCGGAAACGGAUUCUCAUGCAACAUCAAGACAGGAAGAAAGUUCAACAAAAGAAAAUCCGAUAAUAUGA